AUGGCGAUGGCGGCUCUCCGAUGCGCUGCCGGAAGGAGGCUCGCCGGUGGCGGCCGCCUUCUACCGCCGGUGCUCGGCUUGGGCCGCCCGAAUCUCACCCAGGCCUUUUCAUCGCACGGGAAAGAAGAAGCCGGGAGGGAGGUCCUGGAGCAGAUCCAAGAGAAGAAGGAGAAGCUGUACGACCUCAUCCUGCGCCACGGCUAUAAGCGCAAUGACGGCUCCAUGUGCUACGCAAACGUCCAGCUCAUGCAUCAUCUCUCCGCGCACAUCAAACCUAGGCCCGAAAGCAUCGCGUGGCGUUACCUUCUCAAUGGACAUAGCUUCUAUAUUCUGUGGAUGUGCUUAAGCCCUGGCGUAAGCGCCUAUGCAAUCUGGAAUAUCUAUAAAGCAGGGGGCAGCGGAAAGAACUUGGGUGCUGUUCAACAGGGAGGAGAUGAGUUGAGGAAGAAGAAUUGCAUCGGUCAGGGGGAAGAAGUAGUUGCCUGCUGA